AUGGAAAUGUUGGAAGAACGACAUAAACCUAAAAUUGCCCCAAAACGAAUAAAGCUUCAAGAAAUUAUAGAGAAGGAGGAAGAGGAUCGAAUCAGUACAUUGACAGAUUGCCUGCUUCUUGAAAUCCUGUCUCGUUUACCCUCCACAAAAUACACCAUUAGAACAGUUGAAGCCAACUUAGAUUAUACAAAGCUUGGGGAUUGGGAGACAACACAUAGUGAAACAGAAGAAGAGAUGCUUAAAGGAUUUAUACUAAACCUUCACCAUGUUAAGGAGCUCAAAAUUGGGUCAUGCUGUUCUAAGGUUGUGUCUCGUUUGGAAGCUAAAGGUUUUGUUGUUCCACCAAAUAUCAAGUUUCCUGAUGUUACCUAUGAUUGCUCUGAGAGUGGGAGUGGGAGUGGGAGUGAUACUGAUACUGAUACUGAUACUGAUGAGAAUUCAGUUGAAAGUGGAGAUUGGUGAUGUUUUGAAUCUAUGUUUAGGCAUUUUAGUUAUCAUGAAUUAUUUCAUCUAUUUUUCUGUUUGUUUUUGGUGUACAUGGUUCCAUUGGGUCCUCUCAUGUGGUUUGUGGAUCACUUUCUUAUUUUAGAUAUUGAUCAAUUAAAUGUUUCA